CCCCCCCGCACCCCGACACCCACACGUGACCCGCGGGGGGGGCCUUGUUCUCCCGCGGCUCGUUGGUCUAGGGGUAUGAUUCUCGCUUAGGGUGCGAGAGGUCCCGGGUUCAAAUCCCGGACGAGCCCGAAGUGUCUUUUUUUCUCUUCCCGCCCCCCCCCAAAAUCCACACCCCUUUUCCUGCCCCCCCGUGACCGUGGGGCCGCCCGAGGGGCAGGAAGGAUGAGCACAAGCUGCUUAGGGGGGGAUUAAGGGCAAUCGGGGUGCGUCCCCCCCCGGCUGGGGGUGCAUAUAAAGUCCGGAGGAGCGGAGGGACAGUGGGGUGGUGGCACCAGCACCGAGUGGGGUCCCCACGGGUGGGGGGGUGUGCCAGUUGCUGGGGGGAUCCCCACCCGUGGGGGGAUCCCCCGGCUCCGGGGCAGGGAUGGCUCGGGAUGUACUGGGAUGUACUGGGCUGUAUUGGGUCAUACUGGGCUGUACUGUAAGUGGACUGUACUGCACUGGGCUGUACUGGGUCCUAAUGUACUGUACCGGGUCAUACUGGGCUAUGCUGGACUGUGUUGUACUGGACUGCACUGAGCUGGUCUGUACUGGGCUAUACUGGGAUGUACUGGGUUAUACUGGGUCAGGUUAGGUCUGUUCAUACUGUGUUGUACUGGGCUGUACUGGGCUAUACUGGGCUAUACAGGACUGUGCUGUAAUGGGCUGCACUGUACUGGGCUGUACUGGGAUAUACUGGGCUGUACUGGAUUAUACUGGGUCAGGUCAGGUCUGAUCAUACUGGACUGCAAUGGGCUGUACUGGGCUGUACUGGGUCAAGCAGGGUCAGCUCAGGUCACUAUGCGAUGACGUCAUGGCAUCACCUAUGAUGUCAUCACUGUCCCUGAGUGCACAGCCCCCCCCCAUGUCACCACAUGACCCCCCUGACCCCUCCCCUCAUGCACUCCGAGCCCCCCACGAGCCCCCCAUCCCAUAAUCUAGAGACCCUCCUUUGCUGUUCCCCACCCCCCCCAGCAGGGUCUGGGGGGCCACAACGAACCCAAGCAUCCGGCUGUUCCCCCAGCCCCCGCCUCACUGCUCCCUCACGGGCCCCUCGUAGCCAUCAGUAGGCUCCAGAGUGAAUGCUCCCCCAGUGAUUCCUGAGGCCCCAGGGCGGGAGCAGGGGCACUGGUGGCACUGGUGGGGGUACUGGUGUGGGACAGCGGCACUGGGGGUGCCCAGCGCUGCUCCCCCCGAGCCCCUCCCACCCCAGGGACCCAGGCGUCCGGGCAGGCAGGGGGGAGGCGGUUGCUGGGGCAACCAGAGAUGCCACCGCUGGGGACGGUCACCCGGGGGACGGUGACAAGGCACGCGCUGCCCCGCCGGGGGCGGCAGGGCCAUGGAGCUCAACGCCUGCCCCUCCGUGGGGGCGGAGCUGCGGUCGCUGCAGGCAGAGCUGGGCGCACUGCAAGCCGGGCAGGCAGAGCAGCGCGAGCAGCUGGAGCAGGCGCUGGCGCAGGCGCAGGCAGAGGGGGCGGCGGCGGCCAGCGAGGCCACCAACCUGCGGCUGGAGGUGGCCCAGCUGCGUGAGGGGCUGCAGCGGGCACAGCAGCUCUGCGAACAGUACCAGCAGGAGGCCACCAAGCUGGCCAACAGCGUCCCCCAGGGCAACCAGCAGCAGCAGGGGGACAGUGCAGAGGUGGCACGGCUGCAAGCGGAGGUGGCCUGGCUGCGGGAGGAGCUGCAGCGGGCACAGGAGCUUUGCGCCCAGUACCAGCAGGAGGCCACCAAACUGGGUGACGAUGCCCGCUUGAGGGACCAGCAGUGGCAGGGGGACAGUGCCGAGGUGGCACGGCUGCAAGCGGAGGUGGCCUGGCUGCGGGAGGAGCUGCAGCGGGCACAGGAGCUUUGCGCCCAGUACCAGCAGGAGGCCACCAAACUGGGUGACGAUGCCCGCUUGAGGGACCAGCAGCGGCAGGGGGACAGCGCCGAGGUGGCACGGCUGCAAGGGGAGGUGGCCCAGCUGCGCGAGGAGCUGCAGCGGGCACAGGAGCUCUGCGCCCAGUACCAGCAGGAGGCCACCGCGGUGAGAGACCAGAAGGCCCAGGGGGACAGCGCAGAGGUGGCCCGGCUGCAAGCCGAGGUGGUGCAGCUGCGGGCGCAGCACGAGGCGCUGAGCGACCAGCACCGGGCACUGCAGAACCAGCACCAGCGGCUCAAAGAGCACCUGCGCAGCGCCCGCCAGAACCGGACCCCCGAGGGGCAGGGUGACACCACGGGUUCCUCCCCGCUGUCCCCCCCCGAUGACCCCGAGGACCCCCCGACCCCGGACCUCAACCACAAGGACAACGUGGGUGGGUUCAAGCCCUUCCUGUGCUUCGUCCUGGCCUCCGCCAUCAUCUUCCUCUACCCCCACCUGAAGAAGAACAACUGGGACCCCCGGUGCCUCCUCAUCGCCCCCUGGGGCACCCUGACCCCGCCCUGGGGCGACCUCGCCUGGAGCGACCUGACCCCCCCCUGGCUCAGCUUCAGCCUCCCAUGGAGCACCCAGAGCACCACCCGGCCCCCUAAAAAACCCUGACCCCCCCCCCCCCCGAAUCAAUACACGAGUUGCA